GUAUUACUUUAUAAAAUUUAGUCAGUAUUAUUUUUUUUUGCAUGAAGAUACAGGAUCUGUUGGAAUGCAAACACCAUCUGUGUCGCAACACUUAGACCAGAUCUCAUCUGAUGCAUCGGAACUUCUUCCCAAACCUAAGAGAAGGAAGAUUUCUAGUUCUCCUAUGUGUGAUACCAGUGAUAUCCCCAACUUCAAUUUAUGUUCAUUUUCACUUAGUAGUACAUAAGGGACUAUUUCAGAAGGUAAUUUUGUUGCUGUUGUUGUUCGUGAAGAGACACAAAAAUGUCGUGAACAGCAGAGAGUUGGUCAAGCAUCUGCCACGAUGGCUGUUGUUUUUCCCCCUGCUGCUGAACAACAGCAGUUAGUUGUGACGGAACAGCAUGAAGAGCAAGCAAAAGGAAAACCAGAUAAAAUAGGAAAAAGGAUUCGUAUGGAGAGUAUUUGGUUGAGAUAUCCUUACGUAGUUCAUAAACGAAAGGAAAGGGUGCAAGAUUGGAAAGUAGGAAAGAAUAUACGAAGGUGUCCCUUCCAUUAUGUUAAUCAAGACAGUGGAUUGAUGCAAAGAUUUACAGAGUGGUUGAAGAUAGAUGCCAGUGAAUAUGAUUCCAAUCCAUUCAUAUUAGCUGGAAUUGAUAUUCGAAAAUCAUUCUUUACCGAGCUUAUGGAUCCUAACUCUGAUCUUGCAGAUGAACAUAUGGAUGUGGGCAUAUAUUACUUGCGCAAAAAAUAUUGCUAUCACCUUCCAGCUUAUCCAAAAUCAAGAUUUGCAGUAACAGAUUUAAUUUUUGAUCAGUAUAUGACUAAGCUGGCUGGUAUUCAUCCUUCAGAAGAACAGAUGGAUAAAAUUAGAAAAAGGAAGUAAAAGAGAAUGGAGGAUCAAAAAGAGAGCAAAUCAAAGAGAAAGAGGAUAUCCAAACAACAGGCUCAAGAAGAAGAAGAAGAAGAAGCGGUUAUUCGGUCAUUACAGACUUUAGUUGGUUUGAGGAAGAAUCAACAAAUGAAAAGAUGGCCAACUACGUAAAAGGCCUCGACCUUUCCUGUGGUAUCUCAUGGGCUUCUGCCAGAAAAGUAUUCUUUCCAUUUCGACUUAAGCCAAUGACGGGCGAGAGAUCUACGCACUACUUUUUUAAAAUUCUGGACUUUAAAGAUAAAAUUAUGUAUGUGUAUGAUUCCAUGGGCAAUGUAACAUAUGAGCGUGCGGUUGAACAUGUCAGAAAAUAUGACCGGUUGAUCCCACACUGUCUCAAAUGCUUGGAAUUUGGGGCACACAAUAAAUUUUAUGGGGCUAGUCCUGUGGAAAAAUUUCAAAUUAAGUGGAUGACCUCACCGCAGCAGACUAACAAUGUUGAUUGUGAUGUAUUUGCUCUUAAGUUAAUUGAUAUGCGGUUGAAUAAAGAAGAUAUCUUCAAUUUCGAUCAAAGUCAGUCAUUGACCUUCAGGAGAGAAUUGGCUGCCAAUCUUUGGGCUCAUGGAAAGUGAAAAAAAGAUAGCGGCUAUGAAAUUGCAGAAGAACAACAAGGACAUGAUUAUGGAGAUUUUGAAGAGACUGUGUGUGAAUUUUUUGAUUAGAU